ACGGGAGUGGGCCGCCAUUUUUACUGAGCUACCCCAGUGACAGGAGCCGGGCAGGCAGACGCAGCUUCUCCCCGCUUCCCCUCCCCCUUCCCUAUUCCUCUCGCCGCCCCGCGCGCCCCAUACUCCCGUCGCCCCGGCCCUGCCAUGUCCCAGAAACAGGAGGCUGAAAACCCGUCGGAGGAGACCGGAGAGGAGAAGCAGGACACACAAGAGAAGGAAGGUAUUCUCCCCGAGAGAGCUGAGGAGGCAAAGCUAAAGGCCAAAUACCCAAGCCUGGGACAAAAGCCCGGGGGCUCGGACUUCCUCAUGAAGAGACUCCAGAAGGGGCAAAAGUACUUUGACUCAGGAGACUACAACAUGGCCAAAGCCAAGAUGAAGAACAAACAGCUGCCAAGUGCAGGACCAGACAAGAACUCGGUGACAGGCGAUCACAUCCCCACGCCGCAGGACCUGCCCCAGAGAAAGUCCUCCCUCGUCACCAGCAAGCUUGCGGGUGGCCAAGUUGAAUGAUGCUUCCCGGGGCUCCCGACAGAUCCUGAGACGCUGCCCCCCUGGGUCCUGUGCUGGCUCCUGCCCCUCCUUGCCUUAGUGGCUAGGGGGUCAGGAGGUGGCCUGGGUGCGGGCCGGAGAGGCAGAAGCCCCUGCCCGACGGUGUCCCAGCGCAUGGAGCCCCUCGGGUUGAGCACCAAGACCUUGAAUCUUUUUUUGUGUUUUAUUUUUCCAAACAUCUGCUGGGAAAAAUCUCUAUGAAAUCCUGGUGUGGGGUUGAGAGGGUGGGGUUGGGGGUGGGGGGGAGAAAUGGGGUAAUAUGAAUUGGGGCUUGGAGCAAAAAAAAAAAAAAUUGCUGACUACCCUCUUUCUGUAGCCCUUGGUUGGUGAUGGCUGGGUGUGUGGGGAUUGCUAUAGGGAAAAUGGACUGAAGAUGGAAGGAUCAGUCCAGUUCCACAGAAAAAUGCCUUGUGUGCUGGGAUUGGUGCCGGGUGGUUUAGUGUCAGGUAAAUGGGAUUGUCCAUCCAUAUCUGACUGCUGCAAACUCAGCUCCCUUGUCUCUGUAAAGCAGGCUGGGAAAUUGAACUCUAAUAUACCUGUCUUUGAGGAUUGCCGGCCCUUUAAAGUAGAGCUACUGUGGGAAUUGGGGCUGUGAGCUUGGGGGGAGGCAUAAAUGUGUGGGAGCCCCAAAGAGCCUAGGGAACUUUUUCAGUAUUUGAAAUAAAAAAAAAACACCCACAAAAAACCCCCAGAAGUCCUCUGAA